CUCUCCAGAUCAGAACACCUCAAGAAACACCAGCAGAGACCCACAGGGAAGAGAACUUACCGCUGCUCUGACUGUGGGAAGAGAUUCACCUCCUCAGCAGACCUCAAAAGACAUCAGAGAAUCCAUACAGGAGAGAAACCUUAUAGCUGUGCUCAAUGUGGGAAGAGAUUCAUCUCCUCAUCAGGCAUUAAAAUUCACCAGAGAAUCCACACAGGAGAGAAACCUUAUAGCUGCGCUCAAUGUGGGAAGAGAUUCACCACCUCAUCAGGCAUUAAAAUUCACCAGAGAAUCCACACAGGAGAGAAACCUUUUAGCUGCUCUGACUGUGGAAAUAGGUUUGGUACUUCAGGAUGUUUAAAAUCACACCAGAGAACACACACAGGAGAUAAACCUUAUAGCUGUGCUCAAUGUGGGAAGAGUUUUACUAAAGCUGGCAGUCUGACUAAACACCAGAGAACACACACAGGAGAGAAACCUUUUAGCUGCUCUGACUGUGGAAAGAGUUUUGGUACUUCAGGAUGCUUAAAAUCACACCAGAGAACACACACAGGAGAGAAACCUUUUAGCUGUACUCAAUGUGGGAAGAGUUUUACACAGUCAACCAGCCUGAUAUCACACCAAAGAACACACACAGGAGAAAAACCUUAUAGCUGUACUCAAUGUGGGAAGAGUUUUACUCAGUCAGGUGGCCUGAAAUCACACAAGAGAACACACACAGGAGAGAAAGCUUUUGGCUGUACUCAAUGUGGGAAGAAUUUUGUGUCAUCUGGCUAUCUGAAGAUGCACCAGAGAACACACACAGGAGAGAAACCUUAUAGCUGUGAUCAAUGUGUGAAGAGUUUUGGUACAUCUGGCUAUCUGAAGAUACACCAGAGAACACACAUGAGAGAAACCUUAUAGCUGUGAUCAAUGUGGGUACUCUGAUAAAAGAUCUGCUCAAACAUUAGAAAAUACAUACAUGAAGUUGUUUCAUGAUAUCAAUGAAAUAAUGUCA